AUGCCACCCAUCUUCACGACCCACCUAUGGAAGCGAUCGGCGUUGGCGUUGCUGGUGUAUAUCAACGCGGCUCUUCAGAUUGGUUUGCUGCGGUGCGCCUUCUCUCAGAUGUACCGCAACAAUAUCCAGCUCUUCCUCUUCACCCUUUUCAUGGUUCGCAUUACCAUCAAGAUCGCCUUCACCAGCUUCAUGUGCGAAUUAAUGCUCACCGUGCCUGUGGCGAUCACCAACCAGACCUUGGCGAUCUUCACGUUGUUGGCCGCGCCGACGCUCUUUGACUUUCUGGUCAUGUACGUGGCUCUCAUUGGCCUGCAGUUCAUCGAGCGCAUCUAUAUCGGCCCCAACGAGGAUGUGGUCAUGGGCAAGUUGGCAGCUUGGAAGCGGACCAUGGAUCGUUACAUCUCCUCCCUCAACGCAGCGAAGCCCAAACGCGCGGACGACGACGAGGACAGCGACGGAGUGGAGACAACGGGCGAAAUGAUCCGAGAAUCACACCACCUGAUCCAGGAGUCGGAUGACGAGCAGAAGAAGUUCGAGGACGCCGAUGAGUUGGGCCUGGAAGGCGAAACCGAGGAGAUGAUCAGCUUCGUGGCCACGAUGAGCGCAGACAGCGUGGCGAACCUGGUGGUGCCCACCUUCUUCAUGUUCUGCAUGUGGAUGUUUAGCGAGUGCCGCAUUCUCAGUAACUUCAGGACGGCCACGGCAGCGUUUUGCCACGGGAUCUUCUAUUUGCUCAUGUACCCCUUCCAACUCAUCGCUGAUCGGAUCUGUGUGAACAUCGCGGAGUGUUAUCAUGGCUGGAAAGUGACUGAUUAUUUGGAGUACUGUGCCUACCGAUUUAUUGUGAGGACGACGGAUUGGAAGGGCAAAGACAACAUUAUGGACCAGACACUGUCACCACAUGUGCGGUCUAUUGACCAGAUGUGCUUCUCAGACCAGUUCUACUUCGUAAAUCUUCUGCAGACGGUGGGAGUGAUUUGCUUGAUCUUUGGCAUGCAGAUCAUUUUUGAAGCCAGGUGGAACGUCUUCCAGGAUCCUGCCACACCAGCAGUCCUGGCCUACGCGAUUUUGCUUUGCAAAGGUACCAACGCUAUGACAGGGGUUUCGGCAGGGUACCUGAAGAUUUGGGUGGUCCGCUACAAGACAUGGGCCGAAACUGGAUAUCAACAGGCCUUGGUGAAGAAGAUGCAGGCCAUGUCGGGAAGCACUGCGGACGAGAAGCCACCGCCGCCGCCCGCGGGAUCGGCUCACGAUGGCUGGCCCGAGCCAGCCCAUUACGACAAGCAUGGCUUGGAGAGGUAUCGGGUUGCCUUCUUGGCAGAGAACCAGCUUUGGCUGCAGGUGGCGGUGUCAGAAAUGAUGGACAAGAAGACGCUGGAAAAGCACAGACAAGACUUGCUCGACGGCCUGGCCCCCAUCGUCAACGAGGUGGCACCAAAGGACUAUGCGCCCGAGGGUACCGAUGUCGUCGAAAAGGAGAUGUUCACCUUUGGCGGCGGGCCAAAGAUGGACCUGGCGCGCGCCGCUUCGGAGGUGCAGCGUGAGACCUAUGAGAAUUCCGCACUGAGACAGCUCAUGAGGAUGUGGCGCGAGCGCGCUCAAUUUAUGCUGUUCCUGCAGCAAGUGUCUGCCAUGGUGAAGUUGGACAACUACCAACGACGCGAUGCCUGCGAAAUCUGUGGUAAGAGCAAAGAGAUGUCGCCUUUGGUGGUCUUACCGAUCUAUACAUUACUGCAUUUGGCUUCACUCUACCGUGAGCAGCGCGAUAUGUCUCCUUUGUGGAAUACACCGCUCUGGAAGCACUUUUACCAAACCUUCACGCCCACUUGCACCCUGUGUGAGGCGUGUGCGCGGUACUACCACAAGCGCAACACCAAUAUUCCCGUGAACGAGAAGCGGUACCAACGCUUGCAGGCGAAGAAGAAGAGUGCAUAUGAAAGGGUGAGGAGCAGUGAUUAUCCAGUCAUCACCUUGGAGCCAGAGAUGAAGCAGGUCCUGAACUUGUGGCUGGAAUGGACCAGAUGCAUUGUACGAGAAGAACGGCCACAAGACUUCUUGCCACGCUUUGGUAUUGAAGGUCGGACCAUGCAGGAGAUUCGCAAGGAACUCCUUGAGAAGGCGGACCCUCGACCGUCCUUGCCCUCGGUGUCUGACAACGAUGACGAGGCAGCCAGAGAUGAUGAUGAGAUCAAGGCGUGGUUCCGGCGACAGAAACGACGGGCGAUCACGGCAGAUGGUGCCAGCUGCCGGGGCUUUGGCAGAUCGUUCAUGCUUGAGGAUCCAUUGAUGAUCGACUUGGAGGCCGACGACAUUCCAGAGAAGGUCCCCCUGAAGGUGCCCAAGUCCUUGACCUGGUCCGAAGCCUCCAUCAUGCGCAGUUGGCUCCACCGCGCCCGCGACAGCCUCCAGGCGGGUCGUCGCGGUCGUCGCGGUCGGUUCUGA